AUGGCCAGCUCGGACGCUCAUUUGAACUUCCCUCUCCUCAAGCUGGUCUCGGACGCUCGCCUGACCUACGGGCUGCGUCACCAGGACUUUGGACGGUACAGGUCCCACUGCGUCGCCAAGGUCCACUAUCUCCGCAAGUCGGUUGGCCUCGCGCAGACAGCUGGCAAGUCGCGCAAGUACCAGAGAAAGGAUGUCGUGGCGGACAAGGUGGCGAGCGACAAGCACUUGCAGAUUGUCCUUUUCAACGCCGAGCGAUGCUGGGCGUACUCGCAGCAGCUGAAGGAAUCGCUUGACGACCCCGCCACCCCUCCCACGACUCGACACCUCCUUAUCAAGCGGCUGGGCAAGGCAGUCUCGCUCUCGAAGGACCUCGUCGCUCUCGCUCAGUCGCCCGAACUCUCCUCGCCCCUCUCCGCUUCACACGCGGCCCAGAUUCACGCCUACCACCUCGUCAUGGACGGAUCGCUCGCCUUUGAGCGGGGCAAGCACGACGUCGGCCUCAAGUCCCUCAGCAUUGCCUUCGAAGUGCUUGGCAAGCUCGCUUCUACGGCGGCUUCCGCCACAGACGAGGCGCUCGCGAACGAGAUGAUGGACGAGGUCGAGCCGAUGCUCCGCUUCUGCGCCUACAAGCUCGGAAAGGACACGGCCGCUGGUGUCGCUCCUAUCGCGAAGGGGGUCGCGGAGCAGGAAAUGGCGACUGCUGUCCCGGAAUGGGACGAAUUGAGUCAGCGCUUGGCGGAGGAAGGCAAGCAGGGCGAGAAAGAGUCGGUCGAGAUCACCUGGCGCGGCGAGACGAUCCCCGUCCGUAACGCCGAACUCGUCGCUGCUGCUGUCAAAGUUCGCGACGCUCUUGCGACGCUCAAGCAGGACCAGGCGACCGCUCGCAAGGCUGAAGUCGCGCAGGGCAAGCAGAAGGAGGGGAAGAAGGAGAUCCUCGGCACGAAGCGGAUGGGCACGUACGAUAAGGCGCUACUCGUGCUCGGCGAGGCGGAGGCCAUCGCGAGCCAGCUCGUCGAGGACAACAAGAUCGCGCGCAGCAAGGGCAACACAGCUCGCUUUGAGGCUUCCUCUCGCCCUCUCACGCUGUUCCACACCUAUGUUCAGUACCACCUCCUCUCGAUCCGCAUCAAGCGCGACCUCCUCGUCGUCUCCUCCGCCUCGUCGAAGCUCGCCGCUCGCGAGGCCAAGAUCCGCCACGUCGAGCAGACCUACGUCGCUCGGACCGAGACGCGCAACCCUGCUGUGGCGGACGGCAAGAUCCGCAGGCUGCGCGCCAAGGCCUACCCGGGACUCGUCAAGGUCUUUGACACGAUCUUGCUCAGCCUCGAGGCGAUGCGGGAUAAGGAGGUUGUUGAGCAGGACGACGAGCUGGCGUCGACGGUCGAGGCGAGGAUUGCGUUCGUUCGCGCGCAGCGCUGCAUGUACCUCUCGCGCGGCUACGCCCUCGCCUCAUCGUUCCCCUCCUCCCUCUCCCUUAACGCCCGCGCAAAGCUCUACGCCCGGCAAUCCCGCUCGACCGUCCAGUCGCUCUCCUCCGCCUUCGACACUCCCGACGACGGCGGAGAGCGUGACCACGACUUCAUCGCCGACCAACUCCCGCUCGAUGAUGCGUCGUUCGAUGCGCUCGAUCGCGAACUCGAAGCCGAUUACGACCGGAUCUCGAAGGAGUGGUUCGAAGCGACGGGCGGGAAGGUCGGCGAGAACGCGGACGAGGAGGACGACGUCGCGGCUGGCGUGCGCGACUUGUCGCUUGCCGAUGGCAAGAAGGAAAAGAAGAAGGCCAAGGUGCCGUUCUACGACGUCGCGUUCAACUAUGUCACGGCGUUCGACCUCGAUGCGAUGGCCAUCAAGGCGGGUCUGGUCGCAGCGCCUGCGGACGCGCCAGCCACAACAGCUCCGGCACAUGCGCAGGUGACGGAAGAGGCGAAGGCAGCAGUGGGAACGAAGGAAGAGGAGGAACCGCAACCUGCGAAGCGCGGCUGGGGAUUCGGCCUCUUUGGCAGGCGAUAG